AUGAAGGGAAUUGAAGCAGUGACUCUAAGCUGCCUCGUCGUAGCCGUCUCGGCAAGCAAUCUGGGAGGCUUCUUCCCUGGCGGCGGCUUCCAAGGGGCUGGUUUCCAUGGUAGCGGACAUCAUGGAGGAGGGAUCCAUCCUGGUGGUGUCCUUGGCGGGGGGAUCCAUGCUGGUGGUGUCCACGGAGGAGGGAUCCAGCCUGGUGGUGUCCUUGGCGGAGGGAUCCAUCCUGGUGGUGUCCACGGAGGAGGGAUCCAACCUGGUGGUUUCCACGGCUCUGGUAUCCAAGUUGGCUUCCAACCUAUCGGCAGCGGAAUCUCCAAUGGCCCGAGCGAGUGCAGAUAUUGGUGCAAGACUCCCGAGGGCCAAGCCUACUGCUGCGAGACCACUUAUGAACCAGAAGGGCCUGUUGGCACCAAGUUAUUAGAGUGCCCAGACGUGCGCCCAACCUGCCCGCAAAGCAUCCGCUCUGGGGCACCUGUACGCUGCUCCAACGACUACAAGUGUGCCAACCUUGACAAGUGUUGCUAUGACAGGUGUCUCAAGGAACACGUAUGCAAGCCCCCUUCAAUCUUCGGGGGCCAUUUCUAA